AUGAUCUCUGAAGAGGAUCACAACGCCAAAAGAACAGAAGAAUGCCUAGCACGAAUCAAGAGUCAUACGACAACCAGAGCGAAGGGCGUGCUCGUACUCGGCAAAACUGGAGCUGGAAAGUCUUCAAUCGCAGAGCUUGCUACAGGCGCAGCAGGAACCACCGAAUGUCAGAUCGCUAGCGUUGUGAUCAACCAAACGGAGCGCUUCAUAAUCGACACUCCAGGGUUCGAUGGCCCGGACAACGCGUGGGAAAUAGCCCGGAAGAUUAUGGAAUUGAUUGAAGAUAUUCGAGACCAUCUCGAAAUUGUUGGAGUGUGGUUCCUUGUCAGCAACUGGGAUAUUCGACAUGGGUUAUUUGAGAAAAAGCUUUGCAGUUGGCUCGAGGCGCUUUGUGGGCAGUUCUUCUUUCGACGCUUGACAUUCGUGACCACAUUUUGGGGCACUGAUGAGGGCGAUGAGUUGAAAAGACACAACGAUAGACUGAACUUUCGCCUUUCAAACAAUUGGGGAGACUUUAUCCGUCGAGGGGCUUGUCAUCACCAGUUUGGGAAAAGACAUGUGCACGGAAGCGAAAGGGAAGAGCUGCUGUCUUGGACACGGGAUAGAGACGAGUUGGCUCAGCGGGCAAGAAACAUGCUGGAGCUAUACUGUGAAGAAGGGACGGUUCCGGAAACACUCUUUGUGCAGGAGCUUCGCGAUGGAAAGCUGCUGGACCAGACGACAGCCGCUCGUAUCUUUCGACCCAUUGGGCCCGGACCUUCGCAGGAAGCCUCCAGUGCUCCAAAGACCAAUCCACCUCAGCAGCCUAAUAGAGAAUGCCCGCCCAAAGCAUCCGAAAACAAACCCAAGGAUCCCCUUGUGGAGAUUUUAGCUGACGGGUCAUGCAAAAUUAUUGUCCCGCCACAAGACGCCGAGGAAAGACUACCAGAAAACUGGGAUUCUAUGUCGCUUGAGGAUAAACUCGAAUGGAUGGAAAUACCCUCAUACUUUGAAACUCGAGCAUUAAUGUGGCGGGCAUCGGGUAUGCUGGGUCCAUACACGGGUUCUAACGCCCAGGACGAGAUUAUUCGUCAUUCCAUUUGA